ACAGUGAUUCAAUCCACCUGAAGAUCCAUGAGACAUUUCACCGAACCAGCGGUGGCAGCGCAGCACUUGGAGAGCGGUGAAUCAAAGAGAGAGAGAGAGAGAGAGAGAGAGAGAGAGAGGGUGAGAGAGAGAGAGAGAGAGGGAGAGCGCUGACAGUGAGCGUCGGCAGCGGCGGCGGCUCUGCAGUGGAAUACGCUGUUGUUUGGGGGAAGGUGAGUGCGUUCUCUCUCUGUCUCUGUCUCGGAGUUACCACAGACCAGGCGCACGGUGGGAACAGAACACAUCCAGGACUAAAUCACUGCCGCAUCGUCACCAAAUAUACACUAAUAAGAGCGACUCCUGGGUUCUACUCGCUUCACAAAAAGUCUAAAUCAAAGGACACUGGGAAGAAGAAGGGAAUAACAUCAACAACUGUUUAUCUACAUGUUUAUUUGUGAAAGAAAAGAAAAGAAAUUCACGCGGGGAAAGCAACGGAAAUAACCAGGACAAAUAGAACGUUUCAGAAGAUGCGGCGUUAAAGGGAACACUUCAGGAUCGGAGACCAACGUGGAACGUCACCCUACUCUCAAAAGAAACUCCACCGUUGUGGACUCACCUCAGCUGUACCUUCAGAAUAAAGAGCAGGGUCAUGUCCCAGUUGCCAUGCCCAUCGCCACGUUGACCUGCCUUCCCGGCCCCUCCCCCUUCCUCUUUCUACUCGCCCAGCUCCUGCUGCAGCUCUUCCUCCCUGGGCCAGAGUCCGUCGGAGCUGCCUCCACCUGCCCCUCCCUCUGCACCUGUUCCAACCAGGCCAGUCGAGUCAUUUGCACCAGGCAGAGCCUGGAUGAGGUGCCGGAGAGCAUAUCCGUCAACACACGAUACCUCAACCUGCAGGAGAAUUCUAUCCAGGUGAUCAAGUCCGACACAUUCAAGCACUUGAGACAUCUGGAGAUCUUGCAGCUUUCCAAAAAUCAGAUCCGUCAGAUUGAAGUUGGAGCAUUCAAUGGCCUCCCAAACCUCAACACACUGGAGCUCUUUGACAACCGCCUCACACUGGUGCCAUCACAUGCCUUCGAGUACCUCAGCAAGCUGCGGGAGCUCUGGCUACGCAACAACCCCAUUGAGACUUUGCCUGCCUAUGCCUUCCACCGCAUCCCAUCGCUACGUCGGCUGGACCUUGGCGAACUCAAGAAGUUGGAUUUCAUUUCGGAUGCAGCAUUUGUUGGCCUCAUCAAUUUACGGUACUUGAACCUGGGUAUGUGCGGACUGAAAGACAUUCCUAAACUGACGGCCCUUGUGCGACUAGAGGAACUUGAGCUUUCUGGGAACAGGUUAGAGAUCAUUCGACCUGGUUCCUUUCAGGGCUUAGUGUCUCUUCGCAAGCUGUGGCUCAUGCACUCGCAAGUGUCGGUCAUUGAACGCAAUGCCUUUGAUGACCUGAAAAGCCUAGAGGAACUUAACCUGUCCCACAACUCCCUUCACUCAUUGCCCCAUGACCUGUUCACACCACUCCAUCAGCUGGAGAGAGUACACCUCAAUCACAAUCCGUGGGUCUGUAACUGUGAUGUGCUUUGGCUUAGUUGGUGGCUGAAAGAGACGGUGCCCAGCAACACCACCUGCUGUGCCCGCUGUCACGCUCCUCCUGCCUUGAAGGGCAAGUACAUUGGGGAGCUCGACCAAAGCCACUUCACCUGCUUUGCUCCGGUAAUUGUGGAGCCACCUACAGACCUUAAUGUCACUGAAGGUAUGGCUGCUGAGCUAAAAUGCCGCACAAGCACCUCUAUGACAUCUGUCAACUGGAUCACUCCUAAUGGCACCCUGAUGACCCACGGCUCUUAUCGAGUGCGGAUAUCAGUCCUGCACGAUGGCACGCUCAACUUUACAAAUGUCACCCUGAGAGACACGGGCCAGUACACCUGCAUGGUCACCAAUGCCGCUGGAAACACCACGGCGACUGCUGUACUCAAUGUCACUGCUGCAGAUGCCAGUGUCAACUACACCUACUUCACCACGGUCACCGUCGAAUCUGAGACCACAGGAGAUGAAGACUCGGCACUGGUUGCCAUCAACGAGACGUUCAUCCACGUCCAACAUGGACCCACUCCUUCAGGCCACGUGUGGCUGGAUGGUGUUUCUACCACACCCUCUUCCCUGUCUGCUGGCUGGUCCUCCUCCUCUCCUUGGGCCACCCAGCCCACCUUCACCCUUCCUAUACAUGAACCGGGUUUCUCAGGCCUAGAUGAUGUGAUGAAAACCACCAAGAUCAUCAUUGGCUGCUUCGUAGCCAUUACUUUCAUGGCAGCUGUGAUGCUGGUGGUAUUCUACAAGCUGAGGAAGCAGCAUCAGCUACAUAAACACCACGGCCCUGCUCGUGCCAUUGAGAUUAUCAAUGUGGAGGAUGAACUCAGUGCGGGGGCCAGUGGACGUGGCAGUGGAAUAUCUGGAGGAUCCACUGUGGCACAGAGUGGAAGUAGCGGAAUAGGAGGAGGCCAGAGCCUGCGACUGCACCACCCAGAAAUGGUCAAUCUGCCAAAUCUGGCCCGAUCAGACCACCUUAACCACUAUUACAAAUCCCAUCACUUCAACAACAACAUGAUGAGUCUGGGAAUGGGCGUUGGUUCUGGCAUGGGCCUCAACAACAACAACAAUCCUUCGUCGUGCUCUCAGAACACAUCCUUAUCCUGUUCACAGGUUCCUUCUUCUACCAGUGGAGGAAACUCCACAAUUGGCCCCCUGCCCUCACCUGUGCCCCUGCCGCAGUUGGGUCUCCACAGUUCCCUGAAAGGCCUAAUGAGUAAAGGCCAGAAUGAGCCACUGCUGUUCAAGAAUGGCUCAAAAGAAAAUGUGCAAGAGACACAAAUCUGAGUAAAAGUGAGAGCGGAAGUUAAGACUUAAGAAGAAAGGCACCCUGCAGAAUGGUAGAGGGAGCAAUUUUUAGCAUAUGAGACUGAUUGUAGCCUACUGUCCUUACGGACAGAUUCCAGCAACAACAAAAUUGACAUAGUCACUGCUUUGUGUUAUAUGUUGACAGAGAGUAGUAGAUAGUUAGACUGGGAGAGACAAAGGACACUAUCUGAUCAGCACCAGUCAGAUAAUUGCAUUGGCACAUACAUCUCUACUAAAUCAACACAAGACCACGACACAAUGUAAACAGCCAACACCAGAAUUCUUCACUUGUGUGACGUGUUGAAGGAUUUGCCAAAGCCCAGGAUCAGGCCAACUCUUACAAUUUGUAUCUGCAAUCAGAGUGGAAUGAGAUUUUCUUUUUUCUUUUUUCUUUUUUUUUUACAGAUUUUUUCAUAUAUUCCCAGACCUAUUCAGUGUAUAUAUACGGUAAAAAGGCAUAUUACUGGCCAUGUUGUUGACCAUGGUGUAAGAUUAGUGUUUGGCAGAGACACUCAAUUACAAACAAUUGGUUCGUUGAAUGGUUUCGUCCCAGGUUUCCAGGAAGUACAAGAAAAAAACAAGACAAGCAGGAUCAGAGCGAUGGAGGGCUCCUGUCCAGGACACCUUUAAAGACUAAUUGUCUGCAAAGAGACAAAACAAACAACAGGAGUUGUUCCUUUUUUCACUCUCACUUUUAUCCCUUUUACACCUUAGUGGCUACUGUUAUCUCGAAAGAAGAAAAAAAAGAGAUCCCAUUGGAGAAGAAAAAAAAAUCUGUGGGAUUAAAGGACAACGAGAGGCGUAUAUAAAGGGACCGAAAGUACAUGUUAUAUAUACCGUAAAUAUAUUUUCAUUCAAAGAAAUAAAUUAUAAAGAAUCCUUAUCGAGCUUCUGACUGAACGACUGAAGAAUAUAUAAAACAACACAUACAUGCACAGCUGGUGUUGUGGCUGUCUCUCACCACUUCUUUCCACUCGGAAUAAGAUGGCUGUUUUGACUGUGCAACUGAAGGACACGUGGGAGAAAGGCAUCUGUUGAAAGAGACAAAAAACAAAAACCUGGCAAAGUGAAUUUGAGUGAAUUUAUUUUGGUCACGACUUUUUUGUAGCUACAAAAAGUGUUCUCUCCUUCCUGUCACAUUCACACUUACAGGGUCAUCCAUGAAGGCGGAUCUUUAUGCUAACGUGAAAAUAUGGAAUACAACAGCAGCUCCUCGUCGUUUGAUAUCUAGCUCGGCCACAGAAGUAAAAAUAAUGAUCAUAAUGUUGAUAAUGACAACAAGCUAAGUCGUUAUUAUUAUUAUCAAAAGUUGGGACUGUUUGUGGAAAGUCGAAAAUGCUGAUUUAGCAUGCAUUUUCCAUUGGCUUUAUCUGCCUGGACAGUAAUAUAAUAAAAUGAUGAUAAAGAACAAGUUACGAUGUUGUCAUUACUAUCAUUAAAAUGAUCAUUGUUGUUACGGCGAAUGGCAACAAAGAGCUAAAAAGUACUUUAAUUUCCAUUUGUAUAUGACACUGAUGUCGUCUUUGAACUGUCGACCUGUCGGACUGAUGAACAGAAGCUGGACGGACACAUUGUGCCACAAAGUGAACUCCACAUGCAUCAGCAUUAAAAGGCUGGGCCUUCAAAAUGGCCCCCUCAUCCAGUGCCCACUGACUGGUCCACUCUUGAUGCCUCAAGCGGUCAGGACCCCUCAUGUUAUCAUGCAUUAGACAGGACAUGAACCUUUGAAGACUGCUCCUCUGCAGAGGAUGAUUUCUCAACUGUAUCUCAGUGUAAUCGUGUAUGAGUGGAUUUCAUGGCAGUAGGAAUGACAGGCAUUGCUGAGCAUUUUUAAAGGUAAGCAACGCUUGCUGGCUAACGGAGGAGGUGACAUACCGUACAGUAUUCAGUGGUGGAUGAAUUUUUUCUAAUGAAGAAGGACAAUUCAAUGAAGAAAAAAAAAAUAUAGAAACUUAUAGAUCUCUUUUAAAAAAAACAACAAACAAAACCAUAUAAGUGUUCUUUUUUUAUUUUGGGUUUUUACCUAGUUUUGAUUAUUUUCUGUUUUUUUAAUCAAGUGUUAUCUUAAUUGUAAUAUUGUUAUUGUUAUUAUAAUUAGCUAAUUACAAUGGGUAUAAUUAUGAGAGAUGUUCUGUUAGAAAAGGUCACUUUGAACAUUUAAAAACCUGGCACAUAAAAUAGCAGUGAAAGUCUGUGAAAAUUGGUGGCUAUUUCUGUUGAUCCUUUUCUUUCUGUUCAACAUUAUCACUCUCUCUGCAUUCCUUCGGUUCUGCUUGAGAGGAGAAGACAUGGUGAAUCUGAAACGGUCAGCACUGGGUUCUCUUUUCUGUACACGGGGACAGGAAAGGCCCUGCUCUGGUUUACAAGCUCACUCACAGUCACUUUCUGUGCUUUCCUGAAUGUCACCGCCAUCACAGUGCUUGGAGCAGUAUGGCGCUCUGUCAACACCUUGUCGCCAUGGCUACGCUCUAUUGCAGCAAACAGCAUCAUCAACAGUUUCUCGUAAAAACAUCCCUGUGUCAUCCAUGUUCUUUUUUGUGGCCAAUAUUCACUCCAAGAAAGUGUGGUGUAGUUUCAGUGGAAAGAACUAAGCUGGAACAUUGUACCCAUGUACACGCAUUAAAUAACCCCUCCACCUCUCACACCACCAUCUCACCCCCCCACAUCAGCUCCAACUCCAUAAGCACCCUGGCAGUUGGUUUCCCGGACAACCGUUGCGGCUGCAGCAGCCGUGAUGAUCGUGUCUUGAUUUGAAGUUUAAAGAGAGGAGAACAGAAAGGUAUAGAAUUUUUGUCGUCCCCUUUUCUCUUCCCCUCCAAACUGCCAGGUGCCAUUGGCCACAUAAUGUGGCUCGUCGGAUGUUAGACUUAUUUUUACCCCCGUGACUACAUUUCGUAAGAUGCUGAUUUUAUGUAACUGAGUCAGGCAAUUUAAACGCGUUUAUUCCCCUAUGCAUUUAAUUUACAUAGGCCACCAUUGCUAAAUGCAUCUAUGCACCCUACACUUGUGAUUAACACUUUUACCCUGCAACACUCAUUAACAUACUGUAUUUCUUUCCCAACACAGGGGAUCCAUAUUCCUCUCACAGCUUAUUUACAUAUUCAUCUGCUGCUGUGCAAAUGACAGAGAAAUUAUCAUGUGGCCGUGCUGGUGGGUAUGAAGGUGGUUUGUGUGUGUGUGUGUGUGAGAGAGAGAGAGAGAGAGUUUCGUGUACAUCAGAGGCUCAAACCAAGGACUGUUAAAACAGCUAUUUAGCCCUAAUUCUUCAGAUGCCACUGCACCCCCGGUUAGCUGUAGUAGCUCAUAACUUUAGAAAGCAUUGUGUCGCUCCUGUUGCUCCUGUAAAGUGCUACAAACCAGAGGCCAUGUUAUUGAUGCUGGGUGAUAGAGGGAGAGCUUCGCUUGAGCUGGAGACGCAUAGUCACAGUGCAGCAGUGUGUGAGUCACAGUGUGCUGAACACACUCCCAACACUCACAUGGAAAUGCCCUGUUGGCUGUGCCACUCAGUCAGCCGUUCAGGGAGUAGGUGAAUUACACCAGUGCCUGUUUGUUCACCUCUGGAAUUUAAACAGUACGUAUGGAUGGAAAUGAGGACAAAUGGAGUGUAGUACUGUUUACCACUGCAAACCUUUUACCAAUGUAAUGUUGUUGCCUGUUUGCAAACAUGUGCAAUUGUACAGGUGGCUUUUGUUAGUUUGGUUGUGCUAACGGUAACAACUAACAACUAAGAGCAAAGGGGAAAGGAAGUUCAGUCUGUUGGUUUGCUUUUUAUCCUGUAAACAUUUAUAAAAAUUGGAAGAACAACCCCCUGCACCACCACACACUUCCUGUAGCCCACUAUAAAAUGACUGAGGGAACUGCUGUGUGUGAUUCUACUGUUUAUUUUGGUGAUGACCUUGACCGUCCUCUUUUUCCACUCUCUCCCUCGAUCUUUUUGGACGCUCCUAAACAAUGAAAGGUCUGUUCCUCUGGGGUCAGUGAGUCCAUUUGACAGAACAUCUCAUUCUGUAUACAUUUUUUAUGCACCUGCCAAAACUAGCUGUCCAGGCAAGUGGCAGUUUUUGUUUAUCUAACUACUUAAGCCGUCCAAUUGAUUACCCUGAACAAAUUGUCUUGGCCUGGAGUGCUUCAUAGUGGAGUGAGCUGUUUCUGCUGGCAGCUUAUAGGGCAACCAGGAUAAAACAUCUUCCGCCUAAACUUUCACUGCAAUAAUUUAUUUCACACCAGCCAUGUAGAGACACAGUGGCGUCUGUUUAUAGACAAUGUAGCCCUGUGUUUUGUCUGAGUGACGCAAUAGUCACCAGAAGAAUGAGGCCUGCACUUUUUCACAGGCAGUGAGAAAGUUAUGUUAAAGCAGAGACACUAUGAUACACUAUGUUGCAUUAGAUGCUGCUGUGAUGUUUUAGCAAAUGAAAUUUGCCGAAAAUGGGUCGCCUGUGGUGUAAGUGAUGACAGGAGCUUAAAUUAUUGUCCUCAGUCACAUUCAAAAAAAAAAAAAAAAAAA